AUGAACGUCAACAAGCGACGAAGAGUACAGACCAGAAGAUGCGAGAAGCUCGAGGAUUUACAGGGGAAUUCGAAGAAAGCCACGUUUUUGGACCAAGGCUACCAACGAUAUGUAUUGGACAUGCUUCCGCCGGAAGUCCUGGAGACGAUUCUACGACUACUACCUUUUCAUGAUGUGGCCACCUCCGUGCGUUUAGUUUCCAGACACUGUUCGACAGCUGCCGCGACCGUGUUGAACAGCGCGUUCCUUGCGUUUGGCCCGAGGCUGGACAACUUAAUAGAUCGCAGCGAUAGUGUGUUAAAACACGCGAAAACGAAUGCCGCGCUUUUGGUCCAAAGCAAAGCCCUGAACGCUUUGGCGAUGAUCAAGGCGCAGUACAAAAUGCUAAGAGCCGUCACGUGGCGAUACACGCAUCCGCCGACGAACCAACAGAAAUUCCCACGUCUUUGUUUUUACGCGGGAAGACUGCUCGACGAGCUGAACGAGCUACUCAGAACCAUCGCGAACUUGUCCAUCGCCAACUCUAGCCUGAUGGAUUCCAUCGCCUGUUUCGUUACCGUUUGCAAACGGUUCAUGAACUUCUUCGAGAAGGUCUCCGAACGCAAGUUGAACAGAUCGGCGCUGAUCUCCGGAUGCAAAAUCGUGGAUGUUCUGGACUGCCUCGUGGACGGCAGGCAGGUGUUAUUUUUCAAAGUGACGCCGAAGGCGGGAGUCACCAGCAAGACCGUCACCAUGAAACUUCGAUACGUGAUAAAACACGCUUGGUUCACGUGUCUGGAAAUCACCAAGAACUCUAUGGACAACUCCUGGAGGGACGAGCAACGCUUCAUGUACCUUAGACUGCGUCGUUUGGUGGGCAGCGUGAACGAGCAUCUGUUCGAGAAUUUAUUUUACGAGCAUGAGCUACUUUUACAGGUGCCUUUGCCGCUUCGGUUGAGGCCACCGCCUGCUUCCACUUACUCGGGAUACGGGGAGUACGGUGGCCAGUUCUUUUACUACGGGAACAUGAACAAAUACGCGUACGAGAGCAAAUUCGUGCAUAGUUUAAACUCGUUGAACAAUACGCUCGAAACUAGACAGCAGCUGCGAAGGCCGCCGACCUUCGACUUGAUAAUCGAGGUAGAGUUCAAAUGUACGCCCGAGCUAGCGCCGCUCGCUGUUCGUAAAUUCUUGAAGCCCGACGAGUUCGAAGCGUACGAAACGAAAACGUCCAGGCACCAGCAGCUGUUCUUAAAAAUGAACGUAACUUGUCCCGCCUCGACGGCCAACAGAUUGCCGGGCAACUUCGUCUGGGAGCUGCACAGUCCACGACGUACACGUAAACAUUCGUAA